AUGAGGUCUCGUACUCAAAACCUCUCCUUCCUCGUUCUCCUCCUCCUCGGCUUCGUUGCCGUCUCCUAUGCUUGCGACUGUAGCCCUCCUAAACCAUCACCAUCGCCUCACAAACCUCCUAAACAUCCCGUCAAACCGCCUAAACCACCUGCCGUUAAACCACCUAAACCACCGGCAGUAAAGCCACCCACCAAACCCCAUCCUAAACCACCCACCGUCAAACCCCAUCCUAAACCACCGGCAGUAAAACCACCCACCAAACCCCACCCUAAACCACCGGCACCACCCGUCGUAACACCACCAACACCAACCCCACCCGUCAUUACACCACCAACACCAACACCACCCGUCGUGACACCACCAACACCAACACCACCUGUCGUUACACCACCAACUCCAACUCCUCCUACUCCUAUCCCGGAGACUUGCCCAAUUGACACGUUGAAGCUAGGAGCUUGCGUGGACGUUCUUGGAGGUUUGAUUCACAUCGGGCUAGGGAAAAGCCACGCCAAGGAAGAGUGUUGUCCAGUUUUGGGAGGCUUACUUGACCUAGACGCAGCCGUUUGCUUAUGUACCACCAUUAAGCUCAAACUUCUCAACAUCAACCUUAUCCUCCCCAUUGCUCUUGAGGUUCUUCUCGACUGUGGAAAAACUCCACCGCCUGGCUUCAAGUGUCCCACUUAAACAAUGUAAAGCGUACGUUGAGAGUCUCUGCACGACUCCAAAAGAUUUCGUUUGUUCAAGAAUUUGUUCGUUUUAUGAUCUCUUUGGUGAUGGGAGGUUCAUUUGCAUGUGUGCGACCUUUAGUUACGUGUUUCAUUUGAUACAAUAAGAGGAGUUUGUAAUUUGGGUUUGAGAUCUCAAUUUCUUUGCGUUUUCAUGUUAUGUUGUACUUUUCAGGAAAAAAAAAACUGUAAAACGAUAUAACUUUUUUCUAAUAUAAACAAGUUUGUAUCAGUCUAAA